AUGACCGACACUCAAACCUCAUCAGGAUCGACUGAACCUGUCAAGCCCACCAUGAUUGGACUCUACGGAAUCCCUGGAAGCGGCAAGUCAUAUCUGCUAAAGCAACUAAAGAACGACAACGACUUCGCAUACCAACACUUCACUUUCUAUGAUGGCUCUUCGCUCCUGGAGAACGUCGUGGACGGUGGAUUGGAUGCUUUCAAGAAGAUGAAGGAUGAACAACAGUACGAGGCCCGCGAACAAGCCCUCUCCCUCGCUGCCGUUGAGUGCCAGGCGUUCGCCAACACAGGGGUUGUUGCGGGCCAUUACAUGUUUUGGCAGGCAGGAGAUAUGGACGAACCGAAGAGAGUGGGUACAGAGAAGGACUGGGUAACUUAUACACACAUCAUCUAUCUUAUGGUCGACCCAGAGAUUGUUGCCACGCGUACCAAAGAGGACAAGAUCAGAGAGCGCAAACAACUUCCGGUUGAGCACCUACGGAAGUGGCAAGAAGCCGAGAUAACGGAACUUCGUGCCAUCUGUGGGGAUAACGGUAUACUAUUUACUACAAUCACCGAGACGCCAACCACAGCUUCGGGACGAACUGGAGAGCGACUCGCAGCACUGUUGAACAACUUCCAAGGCCAUGAUGAGGCUGCAAAUACUGCUGCAGUUGAGGAGGCCGUUGAUAACGCGCUUCGUGGCCAAGAAGAUCUAGAUACAGUGCUUCUGCUCGAUGCGGACAAGACUCUAGCUCCUCACGAUACUGGACUGAUGUUCUGGAAGGACACAACUCUCUCAGGCGGCUCUGCAAAGUGUCCUUUGACUGAGGUCUUCAAGAAGGGUUACUCGUAUGCAGCCUUCCGGCAGACCAUGCUCCUCUACGAAGAGAAGGCAGAUGACUUCGAUGCCACAUGUGCUAGUGUCGCGGCCAAAGUUCAAAUGUACCCCGAUAUGAUCGAGAUGCUCAAACGUGCUGGAACUACACCGCAUGUGAACGCACUCAUCGUGACAUGUGGUAUCCGCCGAGUGUGGGAGCUAGUCUUGGAACGCAACAACUUGACACACAUCAAGGUCAUCGGAGGCGGACAAAUCUCCGACGGCUACGUCGUGACUGGAGAACUCAAAGGUGCCGUCGUCGACCAUCUCCACAAGAAGAAGCUACGCGUACUAGCCUUCGGCGACAGUCCCCUCGACAUGACUAUGUUCCACAAAGCGGACGGCGCAUACAUCAUAGUAGGAAAGGAAGCCACCCGAAGCUCAUCCAUGGAGAAAGCCCUCGCCAAAGCCAUCAACAAUAACAACCUAUCCGCUCUCCAGGUCCUCCUCCCACCCAGCGUCCCUCCACGUCUUGAUCUCAAUGCCCUACCCAAAGCCGUCCUAGACACCACAGAACUAGACCACAUCUUCCGCGUUCACAGCGAUCCAUCAACUCGCUUCGUGCAUGCAACCAGCCAGCCCUCCGCAAAGCUUCUCAUGACACCAACCCGGAACGCGACAAAGCAGUCACACAGCCUACGCAAAGCGCACGAGCGUGUGGGCUACCACCUUGCAACCUCGUACCUAAGCACCAUCACCGGCCUAGAAGAAAUCGUCAUUCCGCAUGUCCAAGGCGGGGUCACAGACGGCUACCGCUUCCGCCACGAAAAGGCCACCUUGAUCAUACCUCUGAUGCGCGGUGGCGAACCCAUGGCCUUCGGCGUCAGCAAAGCGCUUCCCGGCGCGGCAUUUGCCCACGCGAAGGUCUUUUCUGACAUCGACCCCAAGAACUUCGAGGGCAAGCAUACGAUCAUCCUCGUUGACUCUGUCAUCAAUACCGGCAAGUCGAUUGUGGAGUUCAUGGUGCCGUUGAGGGAGAUGUGUCCACGGGUUAGGGUUGUGGUCGUCGCGGGGGUGGUGCAGGAGGGUGCCGUUGUAGUCAAGGAAGGAGCAGAAGGGGGUGAUGGAAAUGUGUUUGCGGAGAUGUUGAGGGAUGAUAAGGAGUUAUGGGUUGUGGCGUUGAGAAAGAGCGGGAAUAAGUACAAGGGGAAGGGGGGUACGGAUACGGGGCAUAGGUUGUUUGGUACAACGAAAUUGGAUUGA